AUGGAAUUCUUCAACCAGGCCAAAGCAGUGAGACUGAAGAGCCACCAUGACAAGUACCUAGUUGCAGACGAGGAUGAAGAAACUGUUCGGCAGAGCCGCAACGGAUCAUCACGAAGAGCUCGUUGGACAGUGGAGUUUAUUGAAGGCAAUAACCAUCACAUCCGACUAAAAAGUUGUUAUGGGAAGUAUCUUACAGCCUUAGAAGAGCCAUUCUUACUAGGCAUGGCAGGGAAAAAAGUGAUACAAGACAUGCCAGUAUCCGUAAAGGAUGCUGCAAUUGAUUGGGAACCAAGAACUGAAGGGUUUCGUGUUAAGCUAAAGACAAGAGGAGGCAAGUUCUUGCGUGCUAAUGGAAGCAUGCCACCAUGGAGAAAUUCGGUCACACAUGACAUCCCACACAGGACUGCAACACAAGAUUGGAUACUUUGGGAAGUGGAUGUGAUGGACAUAAUCGAAAAUAAUUUACAGUUACAGGAUCAUAUAUCGCCACCUUCUAGCUUUUCUUCAUCAUUUGGAUCGCAGCUUCCCAGUUCACUGAGUUCCGAUGCUGGCUCCCAUUUGAGUGCUAUGGAAGUUUUUGAAAAAGCAAAAUCUGUUCGUCUUCGGAGCCACCAUGACAAGUAUCUGUUUGCAGAUGAUGAUAAAGAAACCGUUGGCCAAGAGCGGAAUGGGACAAUCAGGAAUACAAAAUGGACGGUGGAGAUUGUGGGAAAUUGCAAUGUUAUACGUUUGAAAAGUUGCUUUGGCAAAUACUUAACAGCCAGUAACAUGCCGUUCUUGCUAGGGAUGGCAGGCAAGAAAGUGCUGCAAACUUUGCCUGCUGGACGAUUGGAUUCUUCUGUGGAAUGGGAGCCUAUUAGGGAAGGUAUACAGGUUAGGUUCAGGACACGUUACGGACAAUAUUUACGCGCAAAUGGUGGCGUACCACCAUGGAGAAACCAUGUAACACAUGAUAUUCCUCAUAGAACUGCGACGCAGGAUUGGAUUCUAUGGAAUGUCGAUGUUGUAGAGAUAAGAGUUCCAGAUCCUAAACCUCCGCCACCACCACCGCUGCCGCUGCCUAGUGAUAAUAUUGAAACAGUACCGGAUUCUGAGCCUAAUUCACCAGCGUCAUAUAUUUCAACUGUAUCCCCCGGAUUGACAAGACAAGAGUCUGAUGAUUCUUUGGAGGGUUCACCAGUAAAGAACGAAGGCAGGGUUAUACGUUACAUUGUGGCUAUGAAAGAAGAUAUUGAUGCUGACAAUGUUGAUGAAAAUAAAGAACUUUGCUUCUCAUUUAAGGGAAAUGUGGUGGAGGAAUUGAAGAAUAAGUUGGAAGAAGAGACAGGACUAACUGAUAUCCAAGUUUGUUCUAGGAAUCCAUUAAAUGGGAUGUUUUAUCCCCUUCGGUUACAUCUUCCACCCAACAACACAGAAAUGCAUGUUGUUGUGGUUCCCUCAUCAAGGCGAGAUUAG